GGAUUGGAGAGUAUGGCAUUGUGAUAAAUGUAAUAAAUGUAGUUGGGGUUCUACUUUACCAUGUGAACGAUGUGGAGAUAGCAAUAGUGAUAGUGAAUUAUCUGAUUAUUUUUAA